AUGCCGCCAAUUGCAGAGAAAGACCUGAUCGACGACAAAGGCUGGAUUGCCACUGGAAAGAUUGUGAGCAAAAGAAGACUUUCGCAAGCAAUGGUAGAUCCUUGGACUGCCACAGCUCUUUCGCAGGAGCAUGAUUUGGUUCUAAAGACUUUUCGCCUUCUGAUCGCCGACCUAUGCCAGCAAUUUAAGGGUGGUCACCCGGGGGGCGCCAUAGGCAUGGCAGCAAUUGGUGUCGCCCUAUGGAAAUAUGUCAUGAUUUAUGCUCCAUCUCAGCCAGAUUUUUUCAAUCGCGACCGAUUCGUCCUCUCAAAUGGUCAUACCUGUUUGUUCCAAUACACCUUUUUACACUUGACAGGUUAUCGUGCCAUGACCUUGGAUCAACUCAAGUCUUAUCACUCUACAAGGGAAGAUGCACUUUGCCCAGGCCAUCCCGAAAUUGAGCAUGAAGGUAUUGAGGUCACAACUGGGCCUCUCGGUCAAGGCGUCGCCAAUGCCGUGGGCUUAGCCAUGGCCACCAAAAAUCUGGCGGCAGAGUUCAACCGGCCUGGGCAUGAAGUGGUAAACAACCAUACUUGGUGCAUGAUUGGAGAUGCUUGCCUACAAGAGGGUGUUGCACUAGAAGCUAUAUCCUUUGCCGGCCAUCUGAAGUUGAAUAACCUUACUAUCAUUUAUGAUAACAACCAAAUAACGUGCGACGGAUCAGUUGAUUUAACCAACAGCGAGGACGUGAAUGCUAAGAUGCGUGCCUCCGGGUGGGACGUGAUCGAUAUCGAGGAUGGAUGCUUUGAUGUGGACGGUAUCGUGUCAGCUCUCAACAAAGCAAAGACUUCUCCAGAAAAGCCAACAUUUGUCAAUGUCAGGACGAUAAUUGGCCUUGGCAGUGCUGUUGCCGGUGAUGCACUCUCUCACGGAGCAGCUUUCGGCGAUACAGACGUUGCCAAUAUGAAGCGUGCUUCUGGAUUUGAUCCGACGGAAUUCUUCGUCAUUCCUGAGCCAGUCCAAGAAUUCUUCGCCGAACUGCGGCCUCGAGGUGAUGAAAUCGUGUCGAGGUGGACAAGGACUGUGGAGAAUUAUGCCGCUGCAUAUCCUGAGCUAGCAGCGGAAUUUCAAUCUCGAAGACGAGGCGAACUUCCGCCAAAUUGGGAAUCACUAAUUCCAAAAACGUUCCCCGAAAAGGCGACUGCAACCCGUGCUUCUUCGGGUUUGGUAUUCAACCCUAUUGCUCAAGGUGUGAAGAAUUUUAUGGUUGGUACCGCUGAUCUCUCGCCUUCCGUCAAUAUGAUAUGGAAGGACAAGGAAGACUUCCAACAUCCAAGCCUGCGGACACAAUGUGGUAUUAAUGGGAGCUAUAAAGGACGGUAUAUCCACUACGGCAUUCGAGAACACGCCAUGGCAGCUAUAGCGAACGGCCUAGCUGCAUUUUCGCCGAACACAAUCAUCCCUGUAACUUCCUCAUUUUUUAUGUUUUACCUAUAUGCUGCCCCAGCUGUACGCAUGGGAGCUUUGCAACAUCUCCACGUGAUUCACGCUGCAACGCACGAUUCCAUUGGAAUGGGUGAAGAUGGUCCCACACAUCAACCCAUCGAGCUUGCAGCACUUUACAGAGCCAUGCCAAACCUUCACUACAUCCGUCCGGGUGACUCGGAGGAGACAGCUGGUGCAUGGUUGGCUGCCAUUGAUGCUAAAAAUACCCCGACCAUUAUCUCGACCUCACGCCAUGCUGUCCGGCAACUGACCCCUAAGACUAGUCGUUCUGGCGUAAGAAAAGGUGCUUACGUGAUUGAAGAGGCUGAAAAUGCCGACCUGACAAUCAUUGGCGUUGGUGCAGAGCUUGGUCUUGCAGUUGAUGUUGCCGUGGAGUUGCGAGAGAAAUUGAGUCUUCGCAUACGUGUUGUCUCUUUCCCUAGCCACAGGCUAUUCGAGAAGCAGCCGAUCGAAUAUAAACGACAAACGCUUCGGCGAGGCUCAGGACUACCUGCAGUCGUGAUCGAGCCCUAUGCUGCCCUUGGCUGGGAGCGCUAUGCAGAUGCUGCAAUCUGCAUGAGCACUGAUCGUUUCGGCCAAUCUCUCCCUGGAUAUAAAGCUUACGAAUACUUCGGCUUCUCGAAAGAAAAAAUUACGCAGAAGAUUCAGCAUUACUUGCAACGGAGGAAAACAGGAGAAAUAUUGCCAGGUGAGUUUGUUGAGAUGACCAGAUAG